AUGGAAUCAGAUAGCGGCGCCUUGAACUUUAGGAAGGACUGGGUGGUGCAAAAAUACGGCGGCACCUCCAUUGGCAAAUUUCCCAACGAGAUCGCGAACAUUAUCUGCAGCGAAGUCAAACGCAAUCGUCUGGCAGUUGUUUGCUCUGCCCGUAGCUCUGGAAUCAAAGCCGAAGGCACAACCACGAAACUGCUCAAAGCCGCCGCGGAAGCAGCGAAAAGCAACCCUCCAGCCUAUAAGUCCAUCGUCACCAGUAUUCUCGACGACCAUAUCCAAGCUGCCAUCCCAAAUCUUCGAUCCCCGAACCUCCUUGCAAAUCUCACCGUAGAGUUCGAGCGGGAAACCCGCGAUCUCAUGAAAUACCUAACAGCAGCCGACACAUUGGGAGAAGUCAGUCCGCGGACUUUAGACAUAAUCAUCAGUAAAGGGGAAAUCCUAAGCUGCUACUUCAUCGCCUCACUUCUCCAAGAUCGUGGAUUAGACGCCUAUGUGAUUGAUCUCUCCAGUAUCCGAACUGUCGAAGCACCAACAGGUGACAUCAACCAGGGUUUCUAUGAAGAUUACGCCGAAGCUCUGAGGCCCGUAUUCCUCGAGUCAGGCAACCGGAUCCCCGUCGUAACCGGUUUCUUCGGCCCUGUGCCCGGCGGUCUACUGAGCCACGUCGGCCGAGGCUACACUGAUCUCUGCGCCGCUCUUGUCGCUAUCAGUCUCGGUGCAUCCGAACUUCAAAUUUUGAAAGAAGUAGAAGGCAUUUACAGUGCCGAUCCCAGGAAAGUGCCUACCGCACGACUACUCUCAACAAUCACGCCAUCCGAAGCUGCCGAGUUAACAUUCUACGGAUCUGAAGUCAUACACCCAUUCACCAUGGAACAAGUAAUCCGCGAAAGCAUCCCGAUCCGAAUAAGGAACGUGACGAAUCCCAGCGGCACCGGGACAACGAUCCUCCCAGACUCCUUGGACGCCUCUGCUUCCAAGAAUAUCACCUCCGCGCGUCUUCCCACACCACCAGCAUUCCGCUCCCGGAAAUCCGGCAUCAGCGGCACGCUGACCAAUCGUGCAAAACGCCCUACGGCCGUAACAGUGAAAAAUCGCAUCCUGGUCAUAAAUCUCCGCUCCAACAAACGGACCUCCUCGCGUGGUUUCUUGGAACGCACGUUUGCAAUCCUAGACAAAUGGCGGCUCUCCGUCGACCUGAUUGCCAGCUCAGAAGUAAAUGUCUCCCUGGCUUUCUACUGUCAUCGUGAACUAGUCCGCGGAGACGGCGAGAGGAGACACAUCGUAGAUAUCGACCUUCGGGGAGCUGUCGAUGAAAUGGCGCGCUUAGGAGCGGUGGAGCUGGUGGAUGAGAUGGCGAUUGUGAGUCUGGUGGGUCAGGAGAUGAAGAAUAUGGUUGGUAUAUCAGGGGCGAUGCUUAGUGUGUUGGGGAAGCAUAAUAUCAACAUCGAAAUGAUCUCGCAGGGAGCAAGCGAGAUCAACAUCUCCUGCGUGGUGGAUCAGCGAGAUGCGGAUCGCGCUAUGAGUAUCAUUCAUACGAAUCUCUUCACUUUCUUGGAGUGA